AUGGCAUUGCAGAACGUCCUGUGCGAUGACGACGUCGAUGCAGCUGCAGAUGCCGCACGCCGGAACGCAUCACGCCCGAGUCAGCCCCCGACGCCGCCCAUGAUGCACGAUGUUUCCGUCUCCAUCUUGCCCGUCCCGGUCCCGCAUCCCGCUGCGAGUCAUGUUCUGCAUCCGGGCCCGAUGCCUUCGUCAUUAACUCUCAAUCCCAUCCUGUCCGGACAUGAUGGCCCCGACCCCAUGAUUGUCGCCCGGCCAAACCCUUCUCAUGUUGUCAUGACUGCCCGUCCCCAACUACAGCCCCGUGUUCAGCCGACCGAUCCCGGCUGCAAGACGUGCCAGGUCCGCAAGAUGCCGUGCGACGAGAGUCGCCCAACGUGUCUAAAUUGCUCGCGCAUGGGCAUCAACUGUUUGGGCUACCACGACUCGCCGCCGAGUCAUGUCCAAAUGACACAGCCGUCGGACCGUCCCGUGCCGGGGCCGUCCGUGGUCUCCAAUACAAGUACCUCUAAUGGUAACGCCAGUGCCAGCCGCCAGGAACAAGAGGAGUAUCUUUACUACCUUCUGGACCACUACCGCCACACUAAGCGCCACUGCAUGUGGGAUCUCAUCACUCUCGACUUCAACGAGCACUUCCAGGCCAAGAUGCGCAAGGAGGCCUUGCAGAUGAUCAAGCGGAGGCGUUUCAAGGACAGGGAGUGA